AUGGUUGACUCCGAUAUUGAGAACGAACUGCAACUAUCGGCUCAUGCGCUAGCCGCAUUGGCGGAGUUCCAGCAGGAGCAGCAACAGCAUGAGGAACGAUUUGCCAAAUUGAGUGACCAGACAGAUGAGGAAUAUCAGAGAUUAAAAAGAGAAGAGGGCAUGAAGCUGUUCAAAGAAGACUGGCAGCUGUCACAAUUUUGGUACAGUGAUUCUACUGCUGAAAAAUUGGCCGAUGCUCUAUUGGAAGGCGCUGAUGAGAAUACCGUUAUUGCAGUGGUCAGUGCACCCUCCGUGUAUGCCGCUAUCAAGAAAAAGGAUCCAUCAAGCAUUCCUACUGAGCAUAUAUAUCUGUUUGAAUUUGACAAACGCUUUGAAUUGUUAGCUGGAAAAGAACAUUUUACCUUUUACGAUUACAAUAAACCACUUGAUUUCGAGUCUCCGAUUAAGCACAAAGUCGACCGACUAUUGAUUGACCCACCUUUUUUGAAUGAGGAUUGUCAGACAAAAUCAUCUAUAACCGCCAGAGAAUUACUAUCACCAAAUGUUGACUUAAAAACCAAAAACGGUGUAAGAGCGCGUCGUUUGAUUUCGUCCACUGGUGAACGGAUGCAUGCAAUCAUCGCUAAGGUUUACCCAGAGACGAAGGUGACUACCUUCUAUCCUGAGCAUGGUAAUGGGCUGUCUAAUGAAUUUAGAUGUUACGCUGAUUUUGAGUGGAGCGGUUGGUCCUUCGAGAAGUAG